AUGGCGAACUGUCCGGGCCUGAGUUUACUGGGCCUGGUUCUGACGCUUACCGCAGCAGCAAUGUCAAACGGUCAGAGUUGUCCACAGCGUUGCGAAUGUGCAUUCCAGAGGAAAGCCGUAAUAUGCCAGAGCAAACGACUUAGCUCCAUUCCAGACGGCAUCCCCAUGGAUACACGUAUCUUGGACCUGAGUGGGAACCGCCUGCGCUGGGUUGAACACGGGGACCUGUCAGCCUAUACCAAAUUGGAGGAGCUAGACCUCAGCGAAAAUCUCAUCAGUGUACUGGAGCCCAACGCCUUUGCCAGUCUACCAAAUCUCCGUGUGCUGCGUCUACGCGCCAACCAGCUUAAGCUGGUGCCCAUGGGAGCCUUCUCCCGCCUCAACAACCUCACCACACUGGAUCUUAGUGAAAACAAGAUCGUCAUCUUGCUGGAUUUCACCUUUCAGGACUUGCGUAGCCUCCGCAACCUAGAAGUGGGUGACAAUGACCUGGUGUAUAUAUCCAACAAGGCCUUCCUGGGCUUAGUGGGCCUCAGAGAACUCACCAUUGAGAGGUGCAACCUUACUUCCAUAUCAGGUCAGUCACUAUCCUACUUGCGCAAUCUGGUCACGCUACGACUACGUCACCUCAGCAUUGCGUCCCUGGAAGAGCAGAACUUUCGCAAGCUGGGGGGGCUACGGGGCUUGGAGAUUGACCACUGGCCCUUUCUGGAGUAUAUCUCUCCUCAUAGCUUCCAGGGGCUCAACCUGUCCUGGUUGUCAAUCACCAACACUAACAUCACCUCCAUUCCUACCAGUGCUUUACGCAGCCUGGUCCACUUGGCGUGUCUCAACCUGUCCUACAACCCCAUCUCUGUGCUGGAGUCUUGGGCUCUCAGAGACCUGGCCAGGCUAAAGGAGUUACACAUGGUGGGCACUAACCUGGUAAUGGUACAGCCGUAUGGUCUAGGAGGCUUGAGGCAGAUCCGCUUGCUCAACCUCUCCAGUAACAGACUCUUGACACUGGAGGAAGGCUCCUUCCAUUCCGUCAACACACUGGAAACACUGCGCGUUGAUGGAAACCCACUGUCCUGUGACUGCCGUCUGCUGUGGAUCUUGCAACGUCGCAAAACCCUCAACUUUGAUGGCAAGUCACCUGUGUGUGCUGCUCCUGUGGAGGUGCAGGGUAAGGCUCUCAGCUCGUUCUCGGAUUCCGCACUCUUUGACCACUUCACCUGCCAGAGGCCGAAGAUCCGGAACCGGAAACUCCAACAGGUGACAGCCCGCGAGGGCCAGGUGGUGUCAUUUGUAUGCCAGGCAGAGGGAGACCCAACGCCUGUCAUAUUCUGGAUUUCACCCCAGCGCCGGCGAAUAACCACCAAGAGCAAUGGCCGCAUCACUGUUUUGCCUGAGGGUACCCUCGAGAUCAGGUAUGCCCAGGUAACAGAUAGCGGUACCUACAUCUGCAUCGCUAGCAAUGCUGGUGGCAAUGACACAUACUUUGCCACACUGACAGUCAGCGGGCUGCCCUUAGACGCAGCCCUGCUGGCCAACCGCACCUACUACGUUAGCGAUCUUAAUGACACCAACCUGAAUGACACGCGCGUCUUCCUUAAAUUCACGCUGGACCUCAAAACCAUCCUGGUCUCUACAGCGAUGGGUUGCAUCACCUUCUUGGGUGUGGUGCUCUUCUGCUUCCUGCUGCUGUUUGUCUGGAGUCGUGGUCGAGGGCAGCACAAGAACAACUUCUCGGUGGAGUAUUCCUUCCGAAAGGUUGAUGGCCCUACUACAAGCGGAGGCCAAGGCGGGGCGCGAAAGUUCAACAUGAAAAUGAUCUGA